AUGGAAAGGAAGUGCCGGACCUUGAAAGCUAAAAGGUUUGAAAGCUGGUUUUUGGGGAAGCAAAAGAGAGCCGAUUUAUUUCGACGGAGUGAAACUUCAGAAGUGAGAACAGAUGAUGGCAGAAAUAAGAAUGAUUUCUCGAUCGGGUCAUUGGAGAUGUCUCCAGGAGUUAUAAGCGAGGAAUUGAGAAUUUUUGUGGGUACUUGGAAUGUGGCGGGAAGGUCUCCUGUCGGGAGCUUAGAUGUGGACUUAGCCGAAUGGCUGAACCCAAAUGACACAGCCGAUAUCUAUGUUAUUGGCUUCCAAGAAAUUGUCCCGUUAAAGACAGCAACUGUAAUUGGAGCAGAGGACCAAACCGAAGCUACGAACUGGAACUUACUAAUAGGGAAAACGCUCAACGACAAAUACGGAUGUCCAUGGCUGACACCUACCGUACAUCCUGUCACUAACGAGAACUACCAAUAUAAUCGAGUCCCGAGCAAACAAAUUUCAAAAGAUCAGCAUAGAUACAAACUAAUGGCAAGCAAAAAGAUGGUUGGUGUGUUUAUAAGUGUUUGGAUAAGAAGAGAACUGCUCGAACGACACGAAGUCACACACGUUCAAGUGUGUUCGGUGGCCUGUGGCAUAAUGGGUUAUUUGGGAAACAAAGGAUCGGUUUCUGUUAGCUUAUCUGUUGGUGGAACUAGUUUUUGCUUCAUAGCUGCACAUUUAGCCUCAGGCGAGAAGAAAGGCGAUGAAGGAAGAAGGAACUGCCAAGUCUCAAAGAUUUUUAGGAGAACAUUUUUCCCACGGCUAUCUGAAGGUGGCGGCACGGGCAAGCUUCAGCCACUAUCCAUCUUAGGACAUGACCGGAUAUUUUGGUUCGGAGAUUUGAACUACAGAUUAUAUCUAGAAGACAACUUGGCAAGGCAGUUGAUAAAAGAACAAGAUUGGGAAGCUUUGCGGAAAUUUGACCAGUUGAGAAGGGAACUCGAACACGGAGGUGUAUUCCAGGGAUGGAAGGAAGGAAAAAUUGAAUUUGCUCCUACAUAUAAGUAUUCUGCCUAUAACUGCAACAGGUACUCGGGUGGAAUCCCUUGUAGAGCGGGAGAGAAGCAGAGGACUCCAGCAUGGUGUGAUAGGAUACUGUGGUACGGCAAAGGAGUGAGGCAACUAUCUUAUUUUCGAAGCGAAAGCAAAUUUUCUGAUCACCGACCUGUGUCGGCACUUUUCUCGACUCAUAUUGUAGCAAAAAAGUGCAAACACAGAGAUGCCCCGAGUCCCGAUAAAUCCAACAAAAAUUGUAAGUUCUCACAGUUUAACAGAAAAACUCUGUACGUUUGCUCCGAAGAGAAAAUUUCCAUGAAAUGA